UGGAAAAGGACCCAGCUUCCACUCGUCGUGCUGUUGCCAUGGAAAUCCCCGUGGCAGCAGCAUCGCUCUCUGUAGCGCCAGGAGAGCCGGAGGAGCAGCGCGAGCCCGCCCUACCCUUUCACCGUGGACAGCACCAUAGGACCAGACCGCCGUUCAACCACGGGAGAUUUUAUAUGCUGAUAGUUAUCGGAGAAAUCUCAACGGACCACCACCUUCAGUCUGCCAAAAAACACAUAAAACAGGGACUGCGGUCGUGGGACAUCGAUCUGACUCUGUGCGACCUGAACAGAGAGCUACAGCUCUUCGCGACGCGACACUCUGCCCAGUUCUCCUCAGAGGUCAAAGGUCAGUCCUGUUCAGGAUGAAAGGUGACAGUUUGGGGUUGCACAACUCACAUGGACAAACGGACCUUGCAAUAAAUUAGCACGUUCAAAGGGAUCAGUUUGAGGAAGGCG